AUGUCGCAGGAGGACUCGGAACACGGCCAUAACCGUGAUGGUGAGCCCUUGUCUACUCCGCCAGAUGGUCGCAGGUUUGCUCCGCCGAUGCGGUCCCUGAGUGCUUCCAAAGAGGCCAGGUUCGACAUUGACUCUGAUGAUCUGGAUGAUUCCCUCGCUAUGCCGGAUCCACGUUUUGUGCCGUCUAUCUCGAAUGGAUUCCCAUCUUCACUGAACAGAAGCACUCCAGAAGGUGCCACACAGCGUACGUCGUUCGACUUGAUCGGCCAUGGCGUGCGCCAAUUAAGUCAGAGUCUACCGCCGUCGUGGGAUGCGGAGCAGUUGCCGGACUGGCUCAAACGUGGUGCUGGCGUAUUUGAGGGCACGGUCAAUAUGGCUAACAGCAUUCUUGGUGCAGGCAUUGUCGGAUUACCCUAUUCGAUGCGCGAGUCUGGUUUUGUCGCCGGUCUAGCCUUGCUGGUAGGCAUUGCCCUGCUGACAGAUUGGACGAUCCGGCUGAUUGUGCUCAAUGCCAAACUCAGUGGACGCGGCACAUAUAUUGAGAUCAUGGGCCACUGCUUCGGGCAGCGUGGUCGUAUUGCUGUGUCCAUCUUCCAGUUUGUUUUUGCGUUCGGCGGCAUGUGUGCCUUUUGCGUCGUGGUUGGCGACACGAUUCCCAAUGUGCUGUCGAGUGUGCUGCCUUUCUUGCGGGGUACGAUUUUCAGCAGCCGCCGAUUCGUCAUCUUUGUGUGCACCAUGGCUAUCAGCUACCCACUAUCACUGCACCGAAACAUUGAAAAGCUCAGCAAAGCCAGCGCCGUGGCGCUUUUGUCCAUGGUGUUCAUUAUUCUGGCCGUGAUUGUACGUGGCCCGGCAAUGCCACCCGAACUCAAGGGCGAUCCGUCCCUUCGUCUUUCUAUCGUGCAUCCAUCCAAUCUUAUUCGCUCCGUCUCCGUCAUUAGCUUUGCUUUCGUUUGCCACCACAACUCUCUUCUAAUCUACGGCAGCCUCAAGGAGCCGUCUAUGGACAAGUUCCGCAUGGUCACGCACUAUUCCACAUUUAUAUCCACCAUUGCUGCUGUGUCGAUGUCAAUCGCCGGCUACUGGUUCUUCGAAGACAAGACCCUCUCCAAUAUUCUCAACAAUUUCCCUAAUACAGACGUCAUCGUAAACAUCGCACGGUUCUGCUUCGGCCUCAACAUGUUUACCACGCUGCCUCUCGAGUGCUUUGUGUGCAGAGAGGUGCUUGAAACAUAUUUUUUUCAUGGCCAGUAUGAAUACCGACGGCAUCUCAUCCUUACGACCUCGCUCGUGGUCAGUGCCAUGGCGAUUUCCCUACUGACUUGUGACUUGGGCAUUGUGCUGGAAAUUACUGGCGGUCUCAGUGCGACGGCGCUGGCGUUUUUCUUCCCCAGUGUGUGCUAUCUGAAGCUGAGUCAUGAUGCGAAGCAGAUUGAGCGAUCUGCGCUUUAUUUCUCCGUGCCCUCGCAGGAACAUCAGCAUGACGCCGCAGAAGACGGACAUGAGCCAGUCAUGGCCGAGAAUAUUUCGCUCCCACUGCGUCCAGGCGCCAAUGCAGCCAUGCGGCAGCCACAGCAGGAGUUCAAGUGGUGGGAGUCUACACAGCUACUCAGUGUAUGUUGCGCCAUCUUUGGCGCGUUGGUGUUGAUCGUAUCUGUCAGCACCACGCUGGGGGAUACGUGGAGUGGCCGGAAAGGCGCCGUGCAGCAGUGCCAUUGGUAG